AUGAUCAAUCCAGUGCAGGACACGGCCCAUGCAUUCAGCUGUGGCCACACUGUCCCCGGUCGCACCCUGACUCCUUACCGGUCAUGCAUAUUUUACAGAGCUUGUGAUGACAUUCCCAGAGGAAUGGAGCUUUUGGUCUGGUACAAUGAUAGCUACACCUCAUUCUUUGGGAUUCCCUUUCAGUGCAUUGCACAAGAUGACAAUUUGAAUGUCCCAUCAUCUCUUGUCGAUGUAAUGACCAGGCAUGAGACGUUACAGUCGUUCAACAAAACUGGCAAAAUGCCACCCACGGGUGUGUACCGUUCACUGAGGUUUCCACAGACAUCAUGCAGCAAGUCACUAUGUGACAAGCCUGGGCCACAUGACUCCAUAGCUAACCACAUGAAUACGAAAAACCAACGAGUACUGGCAAGUCCAACUUCAACCAGUCAUUUAAGUGGAGAAUUCAGUGACUGGCAUCUAUGGAAAUGUGGACAGUGCUUUAAGACCUUUACCCAGCGGAUUCUUCUGCAGAUGCAUGUGUGUCCACAGAACCCUGACAGGCCUUACCAAUGUGGACACUGCUCUCAGUCAUUUUCCCAGCCUUCAGAGUUAAGGAAUCAUGUUGUAACCCACUCCAGUGACAGACCUUUUAAAUGUGGGUACUGUGGACGUGCCUUUGCUGGAGCUACAACAUUGAACAAUCACAUUCGAACACAUACAGGGGAAAAACCAUUUAAGUGCGAGAAGUGCGAUCGGAGCUUCACACAAGCCACGCAGCUGAGUCGGCACCAGCGGAUGCCCAAUGAAUGCAAGCCAAUAACAGAGAGCACAGAAUCAAUUGAAGUGGAUUAACUGAUUGACUGGCUGGAAUUAAACUGCAAGGAAAGUCAUGAUUAAAUGUCAUGGACACUUAAGCAAAACCAAAGAUUUCCUCUGAGCAACUUUCAAUCAGUCCCAGAAAACCAAAAGCAGUAACAAAAUAAGUAAGAUGUUUAAAGAUAUUGAUCUUGGCAUGGGGAGAGAGAAAAGGCGACCAGAAAAAAAAAGAUUAUUUAUUUAUGAUUAGAGACACGACUCAUUUCAAUGGACAAAGUCAAAAAUUAGGAGACUUGCAUAGAUUCUUAUGCCCAGAAUUUCUAAGAACCUUUUAACUGAUAUUUAAUACCAAAGCUAGAAAGAAAUAUUAAUUAGUGGGUUCAGCAAUCCACAGUUGUGACUGAGAAUGCACAUUGUUUUAUUGCACCUUUUUAAGCAUGACUUGAGGAACACGGAUUCUUUCUCAAUUUUUCCAGUGGUAAUGUCUACAUGGUAACAUGAAAAGCAAAACUUUGCAUUUUGAAUUAAAGAGUCCCAGAUUCAUUGUAAAAUACAAACAGAGGUAUGUUCAGUAUAUUUUCCUUGUCCAAUUAUGGCUCUCUGCAUUGUUCAGUAUUCUACACCUUUCAAAAAUAAAACAAUCUUCCUAUUUUACUGAUCAGACAUUCAAAGUGUAAAACUGCAUCAAAGCAACAUUUAAUGAAAAUGUAUUGCUGUAGGACAGCUGCCAACCUGUCUGCCAGCAGAACCACUAUAUCAGAGGCACAUAUGUAAGUUGGAACAAACAUUUGGCCAUAAAUUGUCUGGCAGAAUAAUAAUUCAGCCUGUGUUUGGUUUAUGGGUGAAAUGCCUUUUUUGAUUACAUUAUCCUGCAUGAUUAAUUCUCCUAAACACAUCUAUUACUUUUGAGCACCAAACUUAAUGUAAAACUAAUGAAAAUGUGUCUAACACUUGUUAAAUUAGCAAUUUGGAACCGGAACAUCUAAAUUGCAGAGGAAAGACAACACUGAAUUCGUAGUAUCAAAUAUGUUCCAAGCAAAAGGGUCUGUCUACACUUUCAUGUUGUGUGACUUCCAUUACAAUGCUGAAAUCAACCUAAAGUGAAUGAAGUUUGGUCAAUGAUGUGACUGGUAUGAGUCUGCUCCCAGUACUGAAGUCAAUGCUUGUGUGUCUGGAAAAAGUGAGCCACACUGGUCAUUCUGGUAUAUCUGUAACUCAAAGAAUGCAUAAUACACUUGGCAUGAGAGAA